CCUUUAUAGGCAAGACGAAGAAGAACAAACGCCUGUUAGCAUCAGGUUAGCAUAAACAGCCAACGUAGCUGUGCGUUUUUGAGGUCUCUGCUUGUUGUUACAAGAUUUAGCAACCUGCCAUUACACAUUUCCCAGAGAACAUUUCAAAGCUGCGAACACACCAAAUCCAAAUUUAGGUAUGUUUCGGACAAGUUUCAUUGUCUGGACCUCAUAUUUCAAUCUGGCACAGUAUUGCUGUAGGAACCACUGGCAGUCCUAGGACAUGAGAAAAUAAUGCGCUGCAGCUGAAGAUGGGUGGCAGCGGCUCCAAAUCCAAAGGAUAUUGGCCUUUUUCUGGCUCAGGUAGUACAGACGACCCAACCAAAGAUGGAAAUGAGCAAACACUUUCAAGAGUUCGAAGUUUCGUGGGGGCAACACCUUUUGUGUUUACUAGACAAAGCUCUAUGUAUUUCGAUGAAGACGGUGACUUGGCCCAUGAAUUCUACGAAGAGACAAUUGUGACAAAAAAUGGACGUAAAAGAGCCAAGCUGAAGAAGAUUCAAAAAAACCUCACGCCUCAGGGAAUUAUAAAGCUGGACCACCCCUGCAUCCAUGUAGAUUUCCCAGUUGUCCUCUGUGAAGCCUGAUGAUACCUGAGGAGCGUCUUGGACUUGUCACCGUGUCAACUCCGUCCAGUGGUUCCCCCCACAGCUGGAAGCCUGAACCACCUUUUAAAAUAACAUGAUCUCUUGAUGUAUUUGAUGCCCUUAUGUGGACAGGUGGAUGCAAUGUGUGCUGAGCCUCUGCAUGUGAUCUGUUUUUGGCUUGUGUGCAGUUAGACACAGAAUAGGUCACCAGUGGAGAUCUAGAAGGGCGCAAAGUUGGCAAAAACCUACCCAGUUUACAGACAUUGGUUUGUAUGCAUGUAAGUGUGAGCGCGUGUGCAGACAUGGGAUAAGAGGUGACAGAGUCCUCUGAUUUUUUUGCUGCAGAAUGUUUUAUAGGGAGAUUAAUUGAACUCAAGAAGUAUAAGAAUAAUGCAACCAGUUCUUCCUCUGUCACAUUCAUACAUAGAGCUGGAAAGUUUAAGUACACACUUUAGUUUUUCAACACCGUGACUUGCUUAGUUAUGCAUGGGACAGGAUCUUCUUAUUGGUUAUAGCCUAGGGAAUUGACAAUCAGUGACUCACAAAUUCUGAUGUGGAUUCAUGUUGUGUUAUCAGUGUGAUGGACUGACUUCAGUGACCUCAGAGCCACACGUGUACACCGCAGUAGUGAGUCCAGUAAGAGAUCCUGUUGUUUCCUUUGCUGCUUCAGCAUACUCUGUUUCACUUUUAAUUUAUUAUGACUGUUUUUUAAUUACAGUUUUGAAAUGCUGAACUGUGUCAUGUUGCGGUUUUGUGUUGAUAUUACAUAAAAGUUGGUUAACAUAUUUAAGUGCAUAUACCUCACACACUGUCACAAUGGAGGGGGGAAGAAUAUCCAUUGACAUCCUUUGCAGAACACCUUUUAUUUUGCAGGUGAGGGUGCUGAGCCUGACAACACAGAAGGCCUGAAUUCCAAUUCAAAAACGUGAAAUUAUUUUAACUAAAGGUCCACUUUGAGUGUUCUUCAAUGGUCGCAUUGUUUCCUUUAACAUUUUUAUGGCUGUAUAUG